AUGAACCAUCUCAACAAGCAACAGCUCGAGGAAUUUAAGGAGGCCUUUUCUCUUUUCGAUGUCGACAAGAGUGGCACUAUAUCUAUAGAAGAGCUUGCUAGUGCCAUGAGAUCUUUGGGUCAAAAUCCUACCAAUGCUGAGCUUCAGGAUAUGAUUAACGAGAUUGAUGCCAACAGUGAUGGCACUAUUGAUUUUCAAGAAUUUGUUGUAAUGAUGACAAGAACCAUACAUGAUUCAGACACAGACGCCGAAUUGCGUGAGGCUUUCAGGGUCUUUGAUAAAGAUUCAAAUGGAACAGUGUCUUUUGAUGAAUUAAAAGAAGCAUUAGCUUCGAUUGGGGAACGUUUGAAUGACGCUGAAAUUCGUGCAAUGUUUGCUGAAGCAGAUACAAAUAAUGAUGGUGAAAUUGAUUUUGAAGAAUUCAAAUCUUUGUUACAUUGA